AUGAGACUAGAGAACUCUCCGCCACGUGAUGUUUUGAUAGUUGGUUCAUUGGAAAUGUUCAAGCAAAAGAUUCAUUAUCCUACAAAAGCUUCAUUAUUCUACCAAGCUCUUACGCUGGAAAGCACAAAUCUCCAGCAAAGCACAAAUGCAACAGCUCACCGAACCAGCGUCUUUAUGAGCGAAAAGCUUAUCGUAAGGAGAGGUCAGCCCUUCUCUAUAGGGGUCACAUUCAACAGGCCUGCACAGACGUCAGACAAUCUCAAAUUAAACAUUAGUACAGGAUCUAUAAAUAUAGAUUUGCCCAUUACAAUUCCAAGUCCUAACAGUGGAGCCCCUUGGAGUGUGAGCAGUACUCAGAAAAGUAACACCUUGACCCUCACCCUCAACUCCCCGCUCAAUGCAGUCAUUGGAUGUUACACGAUGACACUGAGUUUCUCCAGUGGAUGGAGUACCACGUCAAAAAGUCUGGGAAAUCUAUAUGUGCUUUUUAACCCUUGGGCUAAAGGUGAUGCUGUGUACAUGGAAGAUGAAGCGGAGAAGAAUGAAUAUGUUAUGAAUGAAACCGGGGUGAUUUUCUAUGGAAGCACGACCACUCUAGGGGCAAGGCCUUGGGACUUUGGGCAGUUUGAAGAAGAUAUUCUGGAUAUCACUUUAAAAAUCCUAGAUAGUAGCAUCGACCACAGAAGAGAUCCCAAAAAAGAUCUGAAUCUGAGACUUGAUCCAGUUCACGUGGGAAGAGUGUUAAGUGCCAUGAUUAAUACCCAAAAUGACAAUGGAGUAAUUGUUGGGAACUGGAGCGGAGAUUAUUUGGGAGGUGAGAGGCCUACAAAAUGGAAUGGGAGCACCGACAUCCUCCGCCAGUGGAUGAAAAAUGGACCUGUUCAGUUUGGGCAGUGCUGGGUCUUUGCAGGCGUACUCUGUACAGUUCUAAGAUGUCUCGGUAUACCGGCACGAGUCAUCACAAACUUUGCCUCAGCUCACGAUACGGAUGAGAAUCUUAUUGUUGACCGCUUUUUUGAUGAGGACGGAGCAGAAUCUGAAGAAACAUCUGACAGUAUAUGGAAUUUUCACGUUUGGGUUGAAGCCUGGUUUGCCAGGAAUGACAUUGGCUCCGCUUAUGAUGGAUGGCAGGUUUUGGAUUCAACUCCACAGGAAUCAAGUGAAGGUUUAUAUCGUCUUGGACCCUGCUCAGUGAAGGCCAUUAAAGAGGGAGACGUUGACCUUGACUAUGACGUGCCUUUUGUAUUUUCCGAAGUCAACGCUGACAUAGUAGACUGGGUGGUCCCUUCUGAUGAUCCAGAAAAGAAGAAAAAAAUUAGCUCCAACUUUCGUUCGGUGGGAAGACUGACUAGCACCAAGGCCAUCAACUCUGAUGCUCGUGUUGACGUAACAAGCAAUUACAAAUAUGCUGAAGGUAGCACCAAAGAAAGAGAAAUCUUUCAAAAGGCUCGAAUGAAAUUGGCAAGUACGGCUUUUGGCAUGAGACGAGGCGCGGUCGCAUUCUCCGCCGCUGAAACCGAACCGGCAGUGAAACCCAAUUUUACCGGCAGUUUUACAUUUAGCAGCGACAUACAGGUCGGUCAAGACGUCACAUUCAGCCUGAACCUAAAAAAUACCAGCGCAGAUGACGUGACUCUACAAGUAAGACUGACGGCCUCCGCUAUUGUAUACACCAACGCCACAGUCAUGGACAUCCUAACCAACGCUCAGCCCGUGAGGCUGGGGCCAAACCAAGAGAACAUUGUCCCGUACACUAUACCGUACGCUGAGUAUGAAAAUGCCAUAACGGCGGACAACAUGAUUAAGGCGGUGGCGGUGUGCGAGGACGAGAAAGGAGGCAAACUCCUGGUGGAGUCUGUGAUCAUUCUGAAGAAUCCUCCCAUUCUGCUCAAGACCACGGAGAAAGCCAAGCUAAAUAAACCUCUAAGCGUAGAGAUCAUAUUCACCAAUACCAUGCCGGAAGACGUAACCAACUGUGUCCUUACCGUGGAGGGGAGUGGGCUGGUAAAGGAGCAGAUCACCAUUGAAGUGCCCGAACUGAACAAAAACCAAAGAUCCGUCAGCAAAGUUGACAUUGUGCCGUACCGAACCGGUAAAAGAUGUCUCCUGGUGGACUUCUCUUCUGAUAAGUUCUCCGACGUGAAGGGGUCGCUACCUAUUAAUGUUGCUUCUACUUAA